UAGUUUGAAAAACAGAAUGUAUUAAUUCACGAAAGUAAUUAAAAACAAACAAUAUGCAUCAAUGUAACGUUUGUUAUGUGGUGUGGGGAAACAGCACAGAUUGAUUGAAGAUGUUGAACUAAUUCACAGAUUCUAAGUAAAAGAAUAAAAAUAAGCUUACAAAAAAACUAGAGUGUAAAAAAAAGAUAACGAUUUAAAUUGAAAAUGUCAAACUCAAGUUCAAAAAAGGAAAUAAAAUAUGAUCCAUUGGAAAUAUUGGCCUUUGAGAAAGAUACAAAUGUUGAGAAAAUAAUUAUUAGAGCUACUGACAUACAUUCUGCUGAUAGUAACGGGAGAAAUGCCUUGAUGUUUGCUUCCCUGAAAGGACAGGCAAGAAUGGUUGGACUUCUAAUUCAAAGUGGAACUGAUGUUAAGGCCACGGAUAGUUUUGGGAAGAAUGCUCUGAUGUAUGCCUCACACGGAGGUGACGUAAGCGUUGUCCAGAUGUUGAUAAGGGGUGGGAGUAAUGUCAAGGCUGUUGAUAAAAUGGGCUGUACAGCGUUGAUUAUAGCCUCUAAGCAUGGCCACGAUAAAGUUGUGGAGAUUUUAAUUAAAAGUGGGAGUGAUGUUAAUGCUACGGACAACACAGGAAGCAGCGCAUUGAUAUGUGCUUGUAAACUUGGACAUGAUAAAAUUGUUGAGAUUUUAACGAAAUGUAGAACUGAUGUCAAUUCUGUUGAUAAGUUAAAUAGAAAUGCCUUAAUGUACGCAUGUGAAGGCCGCUUUGAAAAUAUCGUCCAGCUCCUAAUUAAAAAUGGCAGCGAUGUCAAUUAUGCUGAUGACGUAGGCUGGAGUCCGUUAAUGAUAGCUUCCAAACGUGGAGACUACAGAAUUGUAGAGCUGCUAAUGAAGGGUGGAGCUGAUGUUAGAGCCAUCAACAAACACGGUUGGACUGCAAUCAUGUACGCCUCGAAAUACGGCCACACGGCCACAGUCAAGCUGUUAUCUCAGCACAAGAAAGUCUUCAACUCUGAUCAAAUGGACGGUGGUAAUAAUGAACACGACAAGAACACUGGGCGGCACGCUGAAGUUGAAGUUAAGUCAUUAACGGUGAAAAGGAUGAUGAAGGACGUCAUCGUCAAGCAAACGUUAGACAUGGACAUACCAGCUGAUCUGGUGAAAAAAGCCCUAGAGAAAAGACUGGCAGAAACGGGGCGACAGUUCGAGAGUGCUGUAGCCUUGACCCAGGCGGUACUGCAGGACAACUGUGGCGGCGCCGACACUUCUAGAACAGGUCAACACGUUGACCCAGAUCGUCAGGUGAUCUCAGACCAUCACGUGGUCCCAUAUCGCAGCCCAGCGCACAGCGUGGUCCCACAUCAUCAGGUGAUGCUCCAUCAACGCUGGGUGCCAGAACAUCACGUGGUCCCAGACCAUCACGUGGUACCAGACCAUCACGUGGUACCCGACCAUCACAUGGUCCUACAACGUCUCGAUUUGUCAGAAAGUCACGUGAUCACAGGUCGACCUGAGUACUUGCAACGUUCCACGACGCCUCGUCGGUCAGGGGUUCUAGAACGACUCGGGGUAGCAACUAGUCGCGAGAUCUCACAAAGUGCUGUGGUCUCACAAAUUCACGACGCCCCACACCGUCAUGUGGUCCCGAAAAUUUACCCACAUCUUCCAUCGGUCCUACAGCAUCCCGUGGUUCCGCAACGUCAUGUGGUCUCAGAAUUUCUCGCGUUAACAGAACGCCACGAGAUCGCCCAACUUCCAGUCGCCUCACCACGUCCUGUGUACCCACAACGACCACCCGUCCCAGAACGUCCACUGGUACCACAGCGUCUCAGUCUAACAGAACACUCCGGGGUCCCACAGAACACAGAACACUCCGCGGUCCCACAGAACACAGAACCUCCGGCAAUCCCCGAGAAGCGUCGAUUGGACCCGGCUCAUCACAUGGUCUCUACCCUAGAGAAAGAGCUGACCAUGCUGAAGGAACAACGCCAGUGUAAAAUCUGCAUGGAACAAGACGCCAACACCACCUUCGUACCCUGUGGCCAUCUCUUCUGCUGCGGCGCCUGCGCCAAAUCUCUCAACGAUUGUCCGGUUUGUCGGAGGAAAAUUAAAAAUAAAAUUGUUACAUACUUAUCAUAA